AUGGGUCUCUACACCGCACUCUACUUCUUGGGCUGCGAUAAUGUCCGGAUGGCCGGCACUACACUUCCAUACGCUAACAAUUCGCGAUUUGACGCCUUUCAAGUCAACUUGACUGCCGACUGCAAUAUGGGCUGCCGGUGCUCUCCUAACGAAUUGGAGCCCGUAUGUGAUACGCAAAACAAAAUUAGUUAUUAUUCUCCGUGUUUUGCUGGCUGUAAGUCAGCCGAAGGACCCCGAAAUACUCAAAACUACAGUAACUGCGCCUGUAUUUCGUUGAAUAUGACGUACUCAAGCAAUCAAGAGGUGACGGCAAUCCCGUUGGCCACUGCGGGUCCCUGUCCUCAGCUCUGCCAAGCGAUGAUCCCAUUCAUGGUUCUCCUGUUUGUCAUAACAUUAGUCGUCUCUAUAACGCAAAUGCCAUUACUUAUGAUUACAUUGAGAUCUGUGGAGGAGGAAGAGAGGUCACUGGCAUUGGGGAUGCAAUUCGUGAUCUUCCGUCUGUUUGGUUACAUACCGUCGCCAAUCAUUUUCGGUAAUGUAAUCGACUCGACGUGCAUCGUAUGGAAGGCCCACUGCGGACAACAGGGAGGCUUCUGUCUGCUCUACAACAUCGAACAGUUCCGACUCAGGUAUGUCGGUGUGUGCAGUGGUCUCAAAGUGGCGGCCGGUCUCUUGUUUUUCUUGGAUUGGCUGCUCAUCUGUUGGCGCCAUAAGAAGGAUUUAGACAAACCUCAGGCCCUGUCUGUGGGAGAGAUCGUCUCUUCCAUUAUAUCAUUAGACAGACUAUCAGUCUUCGGAUGGAAUACAAACAUCCGCGAAGACGAAGAGGAGCAGCCUUUGGGUCCGGACUCCGAUUAUAACAGCGCUAACGAUAUGGACGAACAGGAACUCAAUGAAAGGGACGAAGAAUUCACAUAUAGUUCGACAGCCAAAGAGAGACAGCCUUUUGGUCUCUCAAGAGUUUAGAGAACAACUAAUUGUUUAUUUUUGGGACACAUUUAGAAAGAAUUUUAAUUUUUAAACAUAAAACUGAUUAUCAAAUCACACAUUGAAAAGAGCACUGAAAAAAGCGACCUUUAUUUCAAGAGAUUUUAUUGUAUUAUAAAACUACCGAACGAUAGGAAAUGAAUUGUAAUUAUUAUUUGAUUUUAUAUACUGUGAUAACAAACUAUGAAAGAGGCGUUCAAAUUGUAUCGCAAUUUGAAUUUUCCGACAAAAAUCAAUUACAUUAUAGUAAAACCACAAACAAAUAGUGCAAACACUUGAACAAGUCUUCGCCAGAGAUAUGCUUUGAAUGAGUUUUAAUUUUGACGACAAAUCGCAUGACUUUAUUAGUUGUGUUUUGAUUUGGACACACAUUUAACCACUU